AUGGCGGAGCAUCAGAGUGAGACUAAGAGAGUUUGUGUUAUUGGAGCAGGAGGUUUCAUUGCCUCAUGCCUUGUGAAGCUUCUCCUCUCCAAGGGCUAUGUGGUCCACGACACCCUCAGAGAUCCGAGCAAUGAAAAGAAUGCCCAUUUGAAGAGGUUGGAAAAGGCAACAGAGAACUUGCGACGCUUUAAGGCAGAUUUGCUUGACUAUGAUGCUAUUGAGGCAGCCAUUUCUAGUUGUGAAGGAGUCUUCCAUGUUGCUAGUCCUGUUGUAUUAAGUGGAAUUACAAAUCCGGAGGUGGAACUAAUAAGCCUUGUUGUUGUCGGUACAAAAAAUGUUCUCAAAGCAUGCUCGACAAAUGUGAAAAGAGUUGUGGUUGUUUCAUCUAUUACAGCCGUAAUAUUUAAUCCUCAUUGGCCGCAAGGUACUGUACUGGAUGAGAACUGCUGGUCAGAUGAAGAGUUUUGUAGGGCUACAACG